AACCGGCGUUCCAGGGACCCCAUCCUACAUUAGACCCCAAAAAAGAUCAUGUCUUGUCUUAUCAUCAGGUGAAUGAUGGCAAGGAGAAGUAAUCAACAUUUUAAAAUGAAUAGAUUUGGUUAAUCGUUUUUCAUUAUUUUGACAUCCCCAUGUAAUCUGGAAGAGGAAGUGUAAACUCUAGCAUAGCCUAUUAGCUGGUAAGGUAACUCCAAACACGUUUUCGUUAAGAGCAGCUGUUUAACUGGUUAAACAAAGGUUAGCCAUGUGUUGUCAAACAUUUAUGUCCAAAUCAAAAAAGCUUACCAGAAGCCAGCGGCACUUCCACACUGGUAGCCUAUUUGCAGGUGCUUUUUCAAGGCCUAUGUCAGACACUCCAGUGAGUGUAAUACCAAAGACUGUGUAAUUUUGUAUCUUCUUUACCUGCACUGUUGGAGCUUAAGAAUUUCACUGUACCCUGCAAUUACAUCUGCAACCCUGUCAUUGUGAUUCAUAAACUAAUCUAAUAUUCUGUUGUUGCUAGCAAUAUUCAUAAAAACAUUUCAAUACAAAUAUUUAUAUUUUCGCGGAUCCCUGCAGUAUCACGUACCUCCGGUUGUAUCCCAUGACAUAAUAUAAUGCACAUCCCUUCAGUUCUGGCAGAUUCUCGGUCUACACACAGAAUCUGCCUGCCCACGGGAGAUUAGAUUUUUGGAAGUUUGAGCAAGUAUGCCUUGACCAUAUUGAUUCUAAUGUUGUUGGCAUUUGAAGAAGUCAGCCUACUUGACUUUUUUUUUGUCACUGCAUCAAAAUACCCUACAAAAACUAUUGAAGAGCAUUGACUGUACGGCUACGCCCUGACGACUGCAGAAGCACACGGCACAGAUCGAUCCCUCUUCUAGUGAGUCAGGAAGUAGGAACGAGGAAGUUGACUAGGGUGCAUACUAAAUAGGGCAAUAAUAUCUGGCAAUAUCGCACAAGCAAGAGAUGGCAUCAGGUCCGCCACAAACAGAGCUGAGGCUGGUUCUGCUGGGCCGGACAAGAGCAGGACAGGGUGCAGCUGGAAACACCAUACUGGGCCGCCAGGCUUUCCUUACCCAGACUGCCAGUGAGCCAGCUGUCACUCAGGAAUGUGAGAAGCACAGAGGAACCGUUGCAGGGAGAUGGGUAACAGUGGUAGUCGCCCAAGACUGGUUCUGCUCAGAGCGCCCCCCGGAGGAGGUGAGGCACCAUGUCUCCUCUUGCGUGGCCCUGUCGGCCCCAGGGCCUCAUGCCUUCCUGCUGUGUGUCCCUGUGGACCGGCCGGCUGACAUGGAGCUGCGGGCCCUGGAGUCCCUGGAGAAGGUCUUUGGCUCCACUGCAGUCAGUGGACACACCCUGGUCCUCUUCACCCACACAGACCAGAUGGUUCUGGGACAACAGCUG